UACGUCGUUUCCAUGGCAACGUGCUUGUGUUUAUGUUUGUAAUACAAUGAUACUUUGAUAUAUUUGUGACAAUGUCGCGCAAACAUCGAAAGGGGACAGAAGAUAUUGAAGAAGGCGAUAUAGUGACCGAGGAAGAACUUAAAACUAUUCGCCGGCAGUCGAAAUCGUCAGCUUGGGUUAACGAUGAAAUGGAUAGCUACACUGUGGUAUCUGAAGUUAUUGUACAUAGAGAGAUGGAGCAAAUGGAAACAACAUUUACAUCUCCUACAGCACGAAGUGUUUCAUCUAUUGUGUCAGCUACUAAAGACAGAAGAAGGAAGAAAAGCAGUAGCCAUUCACUGUCACCGAAGUCAAAAGCUUCCAGUAGUGAUGUGAUAGAAGUCCCAUCUCCUACAGUGAGAACAAUCUCUCCGUCCACCUCCGUUUUUCAUUCACCAGAGAAACUGAACAGUGACACGAAUAUUGUCCCUGUGCAUGAAAAUACAUCAAAACUUGGUCUGGUACAAGAACAUUCCACAAUUGAUCAAAAAAAUCAAGCUAUGUCUCCUAAAGAGCAACCCAGUGAUUUAAAUGAAACCAUUAGAUUGGCUUCUCAUAUAGAAAAAGUUAAAAGUAAAGUAAAGACGAAGCACAAAGAACAUUUGUUAUCCAAAAACAGACAACAGCCUCAUUCUAAGCAAGGUAUGCUGAAGAAGAUAAGUAAAAUUGGAAAGGCAGUGGAUACUUCCUUCCGUUGGGGACAUUGCACAACAUGCUGUGUUCUGCUGUUAUGAAGCUUAGAGCUCGUUUCUGUGUAACCCAAUUUUACUAUUACUGAAAGAAUAACAAAUGUUUUUGGGUGGGGUUUGCCUUUAGAAAAACACAAUUUUGUUUGUUGUCCCAGAUAUGUUUCACUGCAGUUGCAGCAUC